AUGAAUAAAUAAUUAUUUGCUUUUAUAGCAGUAUUAUGCUUCUUAUAAGUUGUUCUUUCUGUUCCUCCUCCUCCUUCUCCCUGUCCUCUUUGUUCAUAUAGCCCUAGUGGCACAGCCUAAUCUGGCCCAUGUUCUAGCUGCCCGCGUGGAAAAUGUACAGUUGGUGUGUAAACCUCUGGAAAUGAUUCAACUGUAUGUACAGUUAAUUCAUGUCCUAAAGGAACAUAUAGUUAAACGGGUUUUGAUUUAGCCAUAAAUGGAUCACCUUGUUAAAAUUGCCCUCCAGGUACAACAACUGCUGAUAUUUCUACUUAAGGAUCAAGUCCAUUAGCUUGUAAUAUUGCUCUUAAAGCAUGUGCUUAAGGUAGCUAUUCUGCCUCAGGAUUAGAUACAGAUGGAUCUGGAGCUGGAUGUACUUCUUGUAAUGCAGGUACAUCAACUCCUAAUACUUAAACUAUAGGAACAGAUUAAUCUGUUUGUACUGUUAAUCUUAAAGCAUGCGCUAAAGGUAACUAUUCCUCCUCAGGAUUUGGUACAGAUGGAUCUGGAACUGGAUGUACUUCUUGUAAUGCAGGUACAUCAACUCCUAAUACUUAAACAAAAGGAACAGAUUAAUCUGCUUGUACUCUUAAGGCCUGUCCUGCUGGCUCAUAUAGUGUAUCAUCUUUUGAUACAGAUGGUAAUGGGUCAGGUUGUAAUAAAUGUGCUGUUAAUACUUACUCUGCUUAAGGUGCUACUUCUUGCACUCCUUGCACUAAUAAUCGUACCUCUCCAGCUGGAUCUACUGCUGUAACUGCUUGUGUAUGCCCAUAAGGAACAUCUGGUCCUACAGAUGGUAUCAGUUCAUGUUCUAUCACUACUAGUAGUGGCUCAAUAAACACUCUAUUUAUAUCACUCAUUUUUAUUUUAUUGUGUUUAUUCUGA